AUGGUGCCCACCAGCCCAGACACUGUCCCCGGGGACAUGGUGCCCACCAGCCCAGACACUGUCCCCGGGGACAUGGUGCCCACCAGCCCAGACACUGUCCCCGGGGACAUGGUGCCCACCAGCCCAGACACUGUCCCCGGGGACAUGGUGCCCACCAGCCCAGACACUGUCCCCGGGGACAUGGUGCCCACCAGCCCAGACACUGUCCCCGGGGACAUGGUGCCCACCAGCCCAGGCACUGUCCCUGGGGACAUGGUGCCCACCAGCCCAGGCACUGUCCCCGGGGACAUGGUGCCCACCAGCCCAGGCACUGUCCCCAGGGACAUGGUGCCCACCAGCCCAGACACUGUCCCCAGAGCUUUUGAUGCCAGCACUGGCCGGGGCUUCGGCAGGGAAGCCCCCCCGGGCCCCGCUGUUCCGGGGCCAACGCCCCCCCGCCCGGGGCUGCUGCUGCCCGGCCUCUGGCUGCUGCUGCUGGCCCGGCCUGCCUCGUGCGCCCCAGGGGAGCUCUCGCUGGAGCAGCGCAGCCUUUCCUCGUACUCCGUGCUGAAGAAGAGCACCGUGCACAGUGCUGCACACGUGGCCUUGACCGCAGCCGCUCCAGGGUCCCCGCAGAGCGGUCCCCUCCUCGUCACAGCCUCUCCAGCUGCCUCCGCUUUUGAUCCAGCCUUGCUUAACCAGGGAGUCCAGACCUGGGGCGCAGCCGACCACAGCCUCUUGGUGGCGGAUGGCGUGUCCGUGACGAGUAACGAGGUGCCUGUGGAUGGCGAGGACAUGGAUAACUUCCUGCCGGAUACUCACUGGACCGCGUCCCAGAUGGUUUCCCCGAUGCAGUACGUCACGGCCAGCCCCCUGGGGCUGCCCAGAGAGAUGCCGGCGCCCGUGCCCACGCCGUCACUACCUGUGGCUUCUUUAGAAGAUGUGCCAGUGAGGUCAGCUUGGCAGAGCGCCGUGCGACCGCUGCGGACGGACGCCGGGUCUCCCGGUCACCCCACUGGGUUUUGGUCGGCUUUGCCCACCACCGAGGACACAGCCCCGACUCCUGGUGGGAGCUUCGUGCUUCCCCUUCCCGCUGACGCUGAUGGUGGCUUCUCGAGCAGGACUCGGCCCGGGGUCGUGACUUCAUGGGCACUGGACGUGGAGACCCUGUUCUCCAGCUCCCGGUCGUCGGCGCCUCGGCCGCUGGGGGGCGGCGUCACUCAGCAGCUGGUUCCCCUCCUGUCCGAGGGCUCACAGCUGCUAGGGGCUGUUCUGGGCACAAGGACGCACGGAUGCCCUGAGGGCACCAUGGCUCUGGGGCGGCCGUGGGAAGAAGCCAUCUCCCCAAGGACGCCCACUACUGUGACCGUCUCACACCCAGCCCCCGCUCCCAGCAGCGCACACUCUGCUUUGCUCUCAACCCCCCUUGCAUUUGAAUCCUUUCCUACUCAGUCAGCCGUUGGCUCCUUUAGCCCCUUUCUCCCGGGCCACACCAGGGCGGUGUCAGCGCUGCCUGGCAAUCCCACGCCGAGCCUGGUGUCAUCCUUGAGCCCAUACACGGGGUGUGCGUCCUGCCCCGUGGCACCUGCUCUGCAGGUUCUGCCCACGAGCCUCCCGGAGAGAGACGUGGGCUCAGGGGACGGUGCUGAGACCGUGUCCCCGGCGCGGGCGGAAGCCAGCAGUGUCCCUCCACUGAGCAGCGUGCUCGCGGACGUCUCUGAGUUUGAGGAAGAGUCUCCGGAAUUUAAUACGCUUUUCCCCUCCAGGCCUGUGGUGCCCCUGUCUUCUAGAUCUCCGGACGUCUCGGAAACGCGCGCCAGCGUUUCAGCCGAGGUGGAGCUGAGCAGUGUGGCGGCCACGCAAGUGCGUCCCUCCCACAGCCACCUCUCCGUGCCUGUGUCACUCGAUCCCAGCUUCGGCUCCCCCUUGGUCGCUGGAACCCAAACGAUGCUUCCCGGAGGCACCCCUGCGCUGUUCCCGGCCCCCACCAGCGUUCUCCCCGACCUGUCCUCCUCCGUGGCGGCAGGCACUAACACGCCAUGGCUUGCCACCCGAGACCCCAGCACCCUCGCCUCUUACACACUGGUUCCCUCAGCUGAGCCGGCGCUGCCGUCUGACCCGGAGCCCACCGGUGUCUUUGAGCAGGGAUCUGGGAGUCAUUUGGAUUUCGCAUCGAGGCUUUUCUCAACCCCACCACUGGAGCGCAGCUGGGGCCCUGCGUCCUCAGGACGCGCGUCUCCGUCUCCUGCGUGGAGUGACCUCUCAGCCUUCACGCCGCUGGCCUUCCCCACCUCAGCGGGAACGAGCGCGUCGUCCGGCGCUGUCCACGCGCAGUCGCCCCCGCUGCCUCUCCCUGAUUCCACGCGCGUGGAGUUUUCUCAGCUCCGGCCAAGUGCAGCGCUUCCUCCGAGCACGGCCGCCCCUCCGCCCAGCCGCUCUGAGACCCCGCCGUUGUGGGUCCUCCCCACCGACUCUGGCGAGUUCGCUGAAGCCCCAACAGUGUCGCUGACAGACCCUGACGCCCAGGCUACCUCGGCCCUCACGGAAGCCACCGCCUCUGCGGAGUCUUCACUCAGCCCUCGCGAACCUGCCGUGGCCGCAGUGCCCUCCAGCUCCGAGCCCAUGCUGGACGCCUCGGCUGCUGGAGCUCACUCAGCAUCGCCCCUGACCGUGUUUUCUACGACCCCCGGGUCCUCGGCUCUGACGUCCCCUGCUGCCCACGUGGGCUCCCCACAUGCCCACACGUCUGUCCUGUCCCCUCUCUCCAGUGCCGCUCCCACGGGCCCAGUGCUGACCACCCACGCGUUCCCAUCCUUGUCAUCGUCAGCAUCUCUGUUUGCUCCCCAGGUGACCCCGUCACCUUUGCCGACAGCGCCUGCCCCCACGGGCCCCUCGCGCCCACCCACGGAUGCGCCCACGGAUGCGCCGUGGAGCCCCUCUGCCGAGCCGGGCACGUCUACCGGGAGCACGGCCGCUGCGGACGUUGUGGACGCUGGCCAGGGCAGCCAGGCUGCGGGGGAGAGCCCUCCGGAGGCCAGCGCCGCCCCUCCCCCGCCGGCUCUGCGUCCUGAUACGCCAGCGCUGGUCACUGCCAAGCCGCCGUAUGUGUGUGAUAUUACGGUUCCUGAUGCCUAUCUCAUCACGACUGUGCUGGCCAGGAGAGCUGUGCAGGAGUACAUCAUCACGUCGAUCAAGGAAGUGCUGAGGCUUCGCUUCAACCGCGCUGUGGAGCUGAAGGUUUAUGACCUGUUCUCCGACUUCACCUUUCUGGUCACAUCCGGUCCUUUUGUGUACACGGCGAUAUCCGUCAUAAACGUCCUCACCAACAGCAAACUCGUGCGUGACCAGGCCCCGCUCAUCCUGGCUGUGAGGCCGUCUUUCCUCGUGCCAGAGCCCCGGUUCCAAGUGCAGACAGUUCUUCAGUUUGUGCCGCCAAACGUCGACAUCGGCUUCUGCAACUUCACCCAGCAGAUCGAGAGGGGCUUGGUGACAGCGCUCUUGGAAGUGAGGAGACACCACCAGGGGCCACAGAACCUCACGGUGCAGAUCCUGAACGUCACUGUCACUGCUUCCCGGGCGGCUCCCCGGCGGGGCCCGGUCCACAUCAUCUUUGGCGUCCGGGGCGCGCAGGGGUUUCUGAAUGGGUCGGAGGUGAGCGAGCUGCUCAGGAACCUGAGCGUGGUGGAGUUCAGCUUCUACCUGGGCUACCCGGUGCUGCAGAUCGCAGAGCCCUUCCAGUACCCACAGCUCAACUUAUCCCAGCUGCUGAAGUCUUCCUGGGUCAGAACAGUCCUCCUGGGCGUCGUGGAGAAGCAGCUCCAGAACGACGUGUUUCCGGCCGAGAUGGAGCGCAAGCUGGCGCAGCUGCUCGGGGAGGUUUCCAGCCGGAGGCGCGUGUGGAGACGGGCCACCGUCGCUGCGGGGAACAGCGUGGUGCAGGUGGUCAACGUGUCCCGGCUGGAGGGGGACGACGACCCUGUGCAGCUCAUCUACUUCGUGGAGGACCAGGAUGGAGAGAGGCUCAGUGCCGUCAGGUCUUCAGACCUCAUUAACAAGAUCGAUCUGCAGAGAGCAGCCAUCAUCUUGGGUUACCGAAUUCAAGGCGCCAUUGCCCAGCCUGUGGACAGGGUGAAGAGGCCGUCGGCGGAGUCGCAGAGCAACAACCUGUGGGUCAUUGUGGGCGUGGUCAUCCCAGUGCUGGUGGUCAUGGUGAUCGUCACCAUCCUCUACUGGAAACUCUGCCGCACGGACAAGCUGGACUUCCAGCCCGACACCGUCGCCAACAUCCAGCAGCGGCAGAAGCUGCAGAUCCCCAGCGUGAAGGGCUUCGACUUCGCUAAGCAGCACCUGGGGCAGCACAAGGACGACAUCCUGAUCACCCACGAGCCGGCGCCGCUGCCGGGGCCCGCCAAGGACCACGCCACGCCGUCGGAGAACGGAGACGUGCCCAGCCCCAAGCCCAAGGCGCCCGCCAAGGACCUCCGCCACCGGGGAAGGGUGUCCCCCUCCGAUGCCGACUCCACGGUCAGCGACGAGUCCAGCGAGAGGGACGCGGGAGAGAAGACGCCGGCAACCGCGCCGCAGGCCAAGGUCCACAGAGCGCCCCCGAGCGGGCCCCCUCUGCCCAGCUCAGGGAACGAGCAGCGUUCCUCGGCCUCCAUCUUCGAACACGUGGACAGGAUUUCCCGCUGCUCGGAAGCCGGCCGGAGGGUCCCCAGCAAGAUCCAGCUGAUCGCCAUGCAGCCCAUCCCGGCGCCCCCGGCACCGCAGCCGGCGCUCGCCGACCGCGUGGCAGAGAGCAACAAGAUCAAUAAGGAGAUCCAGACCGCCCUGCGCCACAAGUCGGAGAUCGAGCACCACCGCAACAAGAUCCGCCUGCGCGCCAAGCGCCGCGGCCACUACGAGUUCCCGGUGGUGGACGAGCUGUCUUCUGGCGACACCCGGGAGCGGCACCGCGUGUACCGCAGGGCGCAGAUGCAGAUCGACAAGAUCCUGGACCCCACGGCCAGCGUGCCCUCCGUGUUCAUAGAGCCCCGGAAGAGCUCACGGAUUAAGCGUUCCCCUAAACCCCGCCGGAAGCACCAGGUCAACGGCUGCCCCGCGGACGCGGAGAAGGACCGGCUCAUCACCACCGACAGCGACGGCACCUACAAGAGGCCUCCGGGCGUGCACAACUCUGCCUACAUCGGGUGCCCGUCCGACCCCGACCUCCCGGCCGACGUGCAGACGCCGUCCUCGGCGGAGCUGGGCAGAUACCCGGGCCUGCCCUUCCCAGCCUCCCAGUACGUCCCCCCGCAGCCGUCCAUCGAGGAGGCACGCCAGACCAUGCACUCCCUGCUGGACGACGCCUUUGCCCUCGUGGCCCCCAGCAGCCAGUCAGUCAGCGCCGCAGGUGCAGGCCCUGGGGGCCCCACCGGCCUGCCUGUGAACAGCACCCCGUCCCGGGAGCAGAGGCGGACCGCCCAGUGGGGCUCCUUCUGCAGCCCAGCGCAGACAGCCAGCACGCCCUGCAGCAGAUACGAGGACUAUGGAAUGACUCCUCCUUCAGGGCCGCUGCCACGGCCAAGCUUCGGCCCCGCACUGCUGCAGCCUUCAGAGCUGGGGGCCUCCGACCCCCAGCAGCCACAGGCGUCGGCUGAAGCUCCGUUUGCUGCCCGAGGGAUCUACGCAGACGAUGGGCCCGCGGCAGCCCGGCCUCGGCCCGUGGGCAGCACCACAGGCUCCCAGAUCCAGCACCUGACGCAGGUGGGAAUCGCCAGCAGAAUUGGAGCCCAGCCCGUGGAAGUCCCCCCAGGCAGAGGCAGCCAGUUCGGGGGCCCAGGCUGGCCCGCGUACGGGGAGGACGAGGCAGCACGGAGAGAGGCCACCCACUUGCUCGGACGCCAGGAGUAUUCCUCGCCGCUGUUGCAGGUGCCAAGGACUUCAGGCAGGGAGCCCUCCGCUCCUCCGGGGAACCUCCCCCACCGGGGGCCGCAGGGCGCGGGGCUGGCCUACCCGGCCAGCUCCACGGAAGACCUGCAGCCCGGCCACUCCUCCGCCUCCCUCAUCAAAGCCAUCCGCGAGGAGCUGCUCCGCCUGUCCCAGAGACAGAGCCCCGUGCAGAACUUCCACAGCUGAUGGGCGCGUGCGCCCUCGCGAGUAUCCGCUUCCCGUGGAAGCAGAGCAGGAGGCCGGCCGAGCGGGCGCUCGGGGCGGAGGGAGCGUCUCCCGCGAGCCGCCCGAGGAAGGGAACGGGCUGCGGUUUCGGAAGAUGCCAGCCGUCCCAGGACACCUCACGCCGCUUCUCGUGGCGCGCUCUGCGCUCCCUUGGGUUCGGUGGAAAUGUACUCGCUUUUGGCCAGAAGCCAGCGGCACUUCACAAAAACACAAGGCAGACCUGAGCUAAGAGAAGUAGUGCGUUAGUGUCCUUUUGACAGGCAGCGGAGUGAGAUGCGUGGUGGCGCGGGCUCAGGGAAUCCGGGUGUCCGUGGGGCUGUGGACGCACCUGCCGCUUUGUUCCCUGAGAAGGGAGUUCCAAGACGUUUCCUCAACAGCUCCGAUGCCCUCCUUCUCUCCGUAGGAACUUGUUUUGAUAGGAACAUUAACAACCAGAAUCCUAAAGCUGGUGGGGAUUUUUUGUAAGCUACUGGUGAGAAACCAAACGGUGGGUCGUGGAGCCUGAUGAUUCAGACGAAGCCAUCGCUGCGCUCCUCCUCCUGCACCUGGUGCUGCAGCUGCCAGGGCCACUCCCCCUUCACACCCGCGACACGCAGCUCCGGCUCUUCCCUGGAGGAACACGCUGGAGGUUCCAUUUUGUUCUAGGAAAAAACACAACUUGGGGAGGGGCUCAUAUUUAUUUGGUUAUUAUUCGAAAUACACAUUGAAGUUUAGAUUUGCUUUCUCCGUUGUAUCUGCUGUGUCAUGAUUGGGCACGGGCAGUGCCUGGCUGCACCCCCGCUUGCACGGGAGGUCCCGCCCCAGCCUUGCGCUCGGCUGGCGAUGUGCUCGCGAUUGCGUUUGAAUGAGGAAGCUCCUGUCAGCAAACAAGCUUCCUAAGAAUCCAGAGCCGCCCCAUUCUCGAUGAGCGCACCCCCGUAGUCGAGACCUGAGUUCCGUGCAGCCUCGCGCGAGCAGGCGGGAAGGGGCAGGAGCAGCGCUGAGACGGGGCAGAGCAGCAGCUGCUCCUGCGCACUUCCGGUCUUAUUCCGGGCCUGGGAGGGCAGACUGUGUGGCUUAGGGUUACUCCAGAGCAGACAGUUCCCCACUUGGGUGCGGAAUGUGGUGACAAGAGCUGGUGUGUUUCCUGGUGUCUGAGUGCAACAGGAGAGCAGGCUUAGAGAAGAGAUACCCGCCCUGAGCCUCUUUAUGAGAUCGACUCAUACUUUAACUAAACAACAGGCACACCGCUAGCAUUUGGGGCUUGGGUUUUGAGGCCCCUGGAAUGGUUCAGUGGGCAUCGGAGGUGCAGUCGCUGGUUCCAGGCUCGUGUCUCAGCACGUCCUCAACCCAGGGUGCCCUGCAGGCUUGCCGCUGACAGGGCACGGGGCUGCUGGGAAGAACAGGUGUAGCCAGCUUCCACGUGUUCUCCUCUGAAGUGCAGGGGUGCAGGGGAGUAUUCUCGAGAAUGUUAACCAGGGCUGGGGGCUGUGCUGGGCAGUCCUCAGAGGCUCGCACGGGCCGGGGAGAGAAGCCCCUCUCGCUACCUCCUCAGUCUGGGUCUCAUAGCAGACUCUCCCCACGCAGAGGCGUCUGGCGAUCACUCCGAAGCUGCCUGGGCUCCUGAGUCUGUCCUUCCUGCUGAGCUUCAGGUCCGCCUGCGGGUUCUCUUAGGGACACCUGAUGUGCGCUGGAGCCACGCUGCGGCCAGUGGGCUGAAUGGCUGCUGCCCCCGCUCCGCCCAGUUCCUGGAGCGUCUGCGCGGAGUGCGUGGGAGCGGUGUGUCUCCACGGGGGGUUGAUGGAACAGCGACCCGCUCUGCAGGAGGACGGUAGGGGGUCCACCUGCGCUUUCAUCCUUACAGCUGGCGCGCCUCCACACGGGUGUGAGACCAACGCGAGCAGUGCAGAGCACGCUGGCCUUGCACUUGGCUCCCCAGACACCUGCCAGGCAGGCUCGCCAGCACGCGGGCAGGAGGCAGCUCGGUGGAUGCGGCCCCCGUGCCGGCCACGCGUGGCUUUGGGGCUCCGUUCACGGAUGAACCUGAAGUGAAAAGCCAGCGUGUACGGCUGCUCUGCGCUUCUCAAGGACCUGGAGGUGACGCGAACUACACGUUUGAGCCGGUGUUUCAGCGGAGAUGGGAGCGCGACUGUUGGCCGCCGUGCGCGUCACCGGCUCACUGCAGGGUUCUUUCCCCGGCCGCGUUCUCCUCUGCCCACCUCCCACGUCUCUGGUGGCAGAAUCAGACGUGGCCGUGUGUGCGGACACGCGUGGAGAAUCACGUGGCUGUGUGCACAGACACACGUGGAGAAUCAGACGUGGCCGUGUGUGCGCAGACACGCGUGGAGAAUCAGACGUGGCCGUUUGUACAGACACGCGUGGAGAAUCAGACGUGGCCGUGUGUACAGACACGCGUGGAGAAUCAGACGUGGCCGUGUGUACGGACACGCGUGGAGAAUCAGACGUGGCCGUGUGCGCGGACACGCGUGGAGAAUCAGACGUGGCCGUGUGCGCGGACACGCGUGGAGAAUCAGAUGUGGCCGUGUGCGCAGACACGCGUGGAGAGAGCACGAAGAAUGCGUCUGGGUGAACGCCCUGGGCCGGCCAUGUGCAGUCCCCCCUGGAGGGGUCACACAGGGCUCCCCAGCACAGCUGAGGGCCCUGCCUGGUGCAUUUUCGCAUGUUCACUUCCUCCUGCGCUAACUCCAAAGCAGACUUAGAGGCAUCUCUCUGCCGCUGAUGUUCUGCCGUGUCUGGCACCAGCCAAGUCAGCGGACACAGUCCUGCCUUCUGACUGCAGAGUCGACGCCCCACAGAUGGGUGACAGGUGUAGACGUCCAGAGUUCUCUCUCAGAGCGCAAGGGCAGUCGGGCGUUUGGAACUGGUGGGUCCUGGGGAGACUCCAGCUCCGGAAGCUACUCUGAUGGAGAAGGGGUGAGCUGGCGAGGUGGGGGUGGGGGCUGACGAUGAGCUGGAUUCUGGUCGCGGCCUGGGGAUGGUUAGGGAACUGCACGCUUCAGGGAGGUUAGAGGAGGAGGAGGAGGCGGUGCUGUGGACGGUCCAGCUACAGUGGUGCAGCCAGGAAGUGCCCGGGCCUGUGAAGCCCAGAGGAAGAGCUGCCGCGUGUGAGCGUGAGAACGAGCUGGGGGAAGCGCACAGCCGGCCUGAGCGUCACACCCAGGGCCGCUGCUCAGAGCAGGUCUUCGUGGCCGGCCGCUGGCCGGGUGGAACCCGCCGGGAGCAGGGCGGCUUGUGGAUAAGCACACCCGGCCUCCUCUCAGCUGCCCGCGUGCUCUUCUCCAAUAGGAUUUGAGACUGAGUUUUGAUUUUGGAGGCUCAGGACUUCUAAGCAGCAGUUUUUUUGCCAGCCAGAAUGUUGGGGCAUGAGGCUUGUGACAAUGUCCACGGGAAGGUGCACCCGGAGGCCUGGGGCUGCCGUGUCUCCUGUUCCUACACACAGGGUCAGUGUCGACAAGGUGCACCCAGAGGCCAGGGGCUGCCGUGUCUCCUGUCCCCAUGCACAGGGUCAGUGUCGACAAGGUGCACCCAGAGGCCAGCGGCUCCCGUGUCUCCUGUUCCUACACACAGGGUCAGUGUCGACAAGGUGCACCCGGAGGCCAGGGGCUGCCGUGUCUCCCGUUCCCACGCAUAGGGUCAGUGUCGACAAGGUGCACCUGGAGGCCGGGGGCUGCUGUGUCUCCCGUUCCCACGCACAGGGUCAGUGUCGACAAGGUACACCCGGAGGCCGGGGGCUGCUGUGUCUCCCAUUCCCACGCACAGGGUCAGUGUCAACAAGGUGCACCCGGAGGCUGGGGGCUGCCAAGUCUCCUGUUCCCACGCACAGGGUCAGUGUCGACAAGGUACACCCGGAGGCCGGGGGCUGCUGUGUCUCCCAUUCCCACGCACAGGGUCAGUGUCAACAAGGUGCACCCGGAGGCUGGGGGCUGCCGAGUCUCCUGCCCGCACGCACAGGGUCAUUGCCGACUGCAUUUGCACAGCCUCUUGGAGCGCUCCGCCCAGAAGCUGGUCUGUGCUGGCGUUGCUCCCGAGUUAACCAUUAAACAAAGCUCCCUUACCCUCUCCUCCCAGAGUCUUCCACAGGAGGGAAUCUUGGCCAGAGGGGAGCUGGUAAGAGACGGAGGCAGGCGGGCUCCAGUCUCAGCCCUCCCACUAACUCAGCUCCGGUCGAGUCUCGCCACGCCAUUCUACCUCCAGAGCAAGGCCGCGAAGGCAGCGGCUGGGACAGGAGUGCGCAGAGUCCACCUCUGUGCCCGUGGCCACUGCGCGUGAGCCAGGACGCUCGAGCUUCGGUUCUGUCAUCUGCCACUCGACACACAUUCUCGUCACAAGGGAGGGCUCUGACCGGCGGCUGCUGGAACUUGCUCGUGGAACAGACUCGCACUCGUUACCUAGGGAACAAGGAGUGUGCACGUCAGGUUUCUUUGGACGUCCCCGGCGAUGGUUGUCGGUGUUUUCACACUAGGACCCCUUUCUCCCGCGUGAAAGACAAAAACUGUUCCAUCGCGGUGCGAUGUCGUUGCCAGGCCUGCGUGGGUGACAGUGCACUUGACCAGUCAUCUCACAGGCCUAGAGCAGCACUGAGAUGGAGGGAGAGAACAUAGGCUGCCUCUGGAAGUGAGAAACAGGAGGUAGGAACCAGCGAGGAAGUGAGGAAAGCUCUGGCUCAGACGCGCUCACGCAGGGCGGUGGCUGUCGGGCUCGGCCCUUGUUUCCGGGGUGGAGCGACUUCGUGCUGAGAGAGAGGAUGGAGAGAAGGACUGAUCCGAGCCCCCGGUCCCUGCCUGCACGCGCGCCUUCUGGACUCCCCGGAGCAUCGAGGAGUCUGUGCUGGUGCCCACUAGAUUUCAGGUGUUUAUAACUUGGCUCCGUAAGUGUGUGAGUUGGGAAUGGUGCAAGGCCAAGUUCAAGCCAGAAACCCCUUGUACUGUUCCUCCUGCAGAGGUGGGAAAAGCAGGGAGGGGGACUCGGGAGUGGAGACCCCACCCCUGGAAUAAGCCACUCUAGGCCCCGGGGGUCUGGCUUCAGCAGCGGGGAGGAGACAAGCUCCCCACUUUGGGGGUGGGGCAGCUCAGCAUAGCCGCCCUGGGGUGCCGGCUUGUCUCCUACGCUGUCUAGGUCCAUGUUCUUCCGACUCAUGCUUCCUCAUUCCUAUAUCAUGAGCAUUAAAGGUACGAAAAUGUGCAGAACAAGUCGGGCCCCUUGUGGCACCAGUACUGCACCUUGAACUUGACAAUCACAGUUUGCUGGUCUCAAACGGGCACUUCAAAUCUCAGUGUGGGUGUAUGAUUUAGUAACUGAACCUCCCUCUGUUUGUCGGUUACGUUUCUACCCUCCAACUAGCUGCACUGUUUUCUAAUGUGCUGUAGAGUUUUUGAAAUAAUUUAUGCAAGUGUUUGGUUUCCAUGUUUACAAUUUAUACUGCUUUCCUAGCAUUUUAAAUGGAAAUGUCAAUAAAUGCUCUGAAUUGGUGUCCAA